UUGAAACGUAAAAAAAAAGAGCAAGCUUUUCUGUUAGCUAGAGUGGUUUCAGGAUCCCAGAACCGUAUUCUGGACGAAUUAUAUCCAAAAUUAUGGGAAACUGCAUGGAGACAUGCACGCAGAGGCUAGAAGCAGAGGAAAUGCAGCAGCAGCAGCAGCAGGAAUAUGAGAGAGAGAGAGCAAGUGGGUUUGUGCAGGAAAGUAAUUUUGGGAAAGGUGCCAUAAGGGUUAAGAUUGUGCUGACAAAGGAAGAGCUGGAGUGGUUCAUUCUACAGCUGAAGGAUAAAGAAGGAAAGAAGCUGGCCAUGGAAGAUGUUUUCAUUGAGAUUGAAAGAGGAAGAUCAGGAUCAAGAGUUGAGGGAUGGAAGCCUUCUUUGGAAAGUAUCAUGGAGAGCCCUGAAUUGCUUGAGAUGGACAGAUCAUCAUGAUCAAGUCCGUUUUGUUCAAAUAUAUUAUUUCAGCCUUUGUUUCUUCUUUCCCUCCUCCUUCAGUUUGAUGUGGGUUAUGAUCCAAACUUGUA